GUUCUGCUCCAAAAAGGAGACCGGCCUGGGUGUUUCGAGACCUGACGUGGACUCUAAAAACCUUAGAGGUCUAAAAUACUGGUUGUCUUUUGUAUGUCUCUGCACUGUGGCCGUGCCUGAAUAUGUGCCCCCCCCCCCAUCAAAUAGGUCAGGCUUCGGUGAACGUCAGCACCCACACGCAGCACGUGGCAGGCAGCCUCUUCUCAUUUUUAGCUGCUGCGAGGCUGCAAUGUGUAUUAAAAAGCUCACUGCAUCCUCCCCUCUGGCACUUGUUUCAGUUGAGCCGCCCGCCUGGUUAAGACUGUACCCGCAACCGCCCAAACAAACACAACACGACCAGACAUUCAUUACAAGAGUGGAAACCUCUCUCCUUGUAACUCUGUGGCACACACUAGAGGUAACAGGAAGAUGUUUCUCUGCAAAAGCGGCCUGACAAAACGUUUGACUUUGAGCAAGUAAAUUACUGAAGGGAAGAAUUUAUAUGACCGAAUAGACAUCGGCACUACUGGAGAGGGGUGAGGGGCCAGGGCCGAGCUCGCAUGCGGCUUGUAUGGACACUAGUUCAACACCGAUAUGACCUUGGCUUCACUUGUGGGAGUGAUGGUGAAGGUGUGAGUGGCUCUGACGAUGCCCUCUGCUGCAAACUCCUGGUGAUUCAUACUGUAGCAACACUGACUUUUAGCUACACAACUUCCGUAGCUUCAUUUUUUUUUUUCCUGAUAUGAAAAGACACAGUAAUCUGAUGAUCAAACAUGGUUUGAGUUCCCAAUAACAACAUUUUUUUUGUCUUAGCUUGGGGUCACUUGACAUCUCAACCAUCCCACUAAAUUAAACAUUGAAAUCACAACCAAGUGGACACUGGCAGCCACACGGUGAACUGCCCUGAACUCCUCUCCCAGCUAAGUAGAUGUGAGCCUGUGAGCCAGACUCUUCCUUUCAGCUGCUAGUGCCGUUUCUAUUGGGCUGUAGUGUAGAAAACUGAUGAGUCUGCACUGAGCAGGCUUUCCUCUUAAUGAUGCUGGUCCAGUUGAUAGACUAAAUCCAGUGUUUGUGGCUGUGUGGCACACACACGCACGCACGCACGCACGCACGCACGCACGCACUGAAACAUCUUCCACUCCAAUCUUAUUCCAUUACGUGCCACUACCAUAGCAACUUGACUCAUGCCGCGUAAACCCACAAAACUUGACUUUCACUCCAGAGGUGGUUUCAUUCUCUUCCCGAUUCAUUCAGUCGCCAGAAAAGCUGAAUUUUCAACGAAUAGCUGCCAUGAAACAUAAUAAGAAAAUUAUUAUUAUGAUUUUAUGAUAUAUUGUUUGCAGUGAAGCAACAGAAGAAUGGGCUGCCUUUAAUGAUUUGCACAGUGUUCCCUAACCGUCCGUGGCCAAUUAAAACAAUCUGAUAUUCUGUUUUAUGGUCUCAGUCUGUCCUGACAGUCUGGUGCCAGCACAGCUCCUCUUCGUACUGGACUAAGAGUAGGCGCAGUGAAAUGAUUUAAAGAUAAAGAGCUUCACUGAAAUAGCUUCAGAAUGAUGAGUCAAAGCCUUGACUUGCGUUUUUACCUCGAAAUAUUUCCAAUGAGUCAGUCCAAGACUUAAAGCAAUGGUUUUUACCUUCACGUGGGGAAAAAAAGCUUCUUAAAAUCCUUAAACAGCAGGAAUGAGCAGAAUUUUCAUCAGAAAUGCCAGUGAUGUGUAAUCUGCGCUUUGGGUAACUGAAAAGCGCUUUAUAAAUUCAAUAUAUUGUUAUUAUUAUAAUCUGUACUGUAAUGAACCACAUUCAACUGCAUUUAAAGCUCCUCUAAUAUAUUUUUUGUCUGACAAACAAGAACAUUCAGGAGCGACUCGACUUUUGUUCUUCACAGACACAAGCAUUAGAGCCUGAAUGAAUGGAAAAUUUACACCAUUUCUGACAUUUUACAUAAAGAUUGGGUGAAUUCCAUUGAAUACGCUUACAAAUACAAUAUUACUUCGCAGUUACGCAGAUUAAGCUGUUACCAACCUUUUCUCAGAGUUCAAGUUAAACAAAUUUUCACACUGUGGUCAGCAGAUAUUUCCUGUUUGCUGAGUUAAGCUGCUCCACCACAUGCAUCAUUCUCGCAUUACCGUUGGACAAAUUCGCACUGACAGGCAGGCACACCCCACUCGAAGAGACCACAGUUACCAAGUGACGUCACAACACAAACGUAUGAACUGAAGCAAGAGCCAAGUGAAGACAAAAACCACACAGGCCUAGGAGAAGAAUGUCAUAUGAGUCAAAGUUAAAGCCUCAUCAGAAUCAGAUCAGAAGGCCCGAUGUGCUGGAGGGUGGUCUGGGCAGUCAGGAGAGGACACUGGCUGUGCUGCUGGAGCAGGCUUUCGCCAUCAAAGAGGAGGUGGCGGCAGGCCUGCAGUCCACCAAGGGCUCUGUCCAGGUCGAGGCACUUUCCCGCAAGCUGCUGGAGAGUCACAUACUGACCGUCACGCACAUUGUCAAGCAGCUCAGUAGGGACAUACAGGCACUACAGAGACAGAUCGCGCUGCGGGACUCUGUGUCCUCUGGAACCACACUGGCUGUUCAGAGCUUAGACCAGAAAAACAUGGCUGGCAUUGGAGACCUGAGAGGAAGAGUAGCCAGGUGUGAUGCCAGCAUUGCCAAGCUGACCGCCGACACGAGCUCUGGGGAUCGGCAGAUGAUUAGACUGCAGCGGGAGAUGGAAGAGCUCAGAUCGGCUGUGGGUGUGAAGCUGGGAGAGCUGGGAGUCACGCUUCAUCGUGACCUAAGAAGACUGGAGGCCUCAUUGACAGAGCUUUCCCAGAGCCAAGGGAGCUCCAUGUCUGAUCUGCAUAGACAAGUUAAACUACUAGAAGACAAGAUGUCAGGUGGGCUGAAGGAAGCCAAGGAGCAGACAGAUUCACUGAGAUGUUGGACAGACCACCAGCUCUACAGCUCUCACCAGACACUUGCCCAGAGCAACCGGCAGCUCCGCUCACAACUACAAGACAAAAUGUUAGAGGCAGAGUCUAGAUUAGCUGCCCAGCUCCGUGCUCUGGAGGCCCGUGCGGAGCGGGACCGGGCCGACCGGAGUCAGGCGGAUCAGCUGAAACGCUCGGAAACCAAACUCAGCAAGAGAAUGAGCUCGCUGGAGAGCAGCCUUCAUCGGGAGCUGCAGCUGCUCAAACAGGAAUACGACAAAGGGUUCCGGUCUGUGCAUGACGCCAUUGAGUCCCUCAGGCAGAUAGGUGACAUCAAAUCUCGUCUCGACAAGGAGAAGCUGCAGCAGGACACCCGGCACCUCGGCAGCAAGGUGGCAGUGACUUGUGACUGAAGAGGAGCUCCUUUUACUGUCAGGCAGUGCCCAUGCUGAGGCAACAGAGCCACUCGCUUCAAAACCCAAAGGCUCGCCCAUGGAUGACAUUGUUGUUUCCCUCACUACAUUCAUUCCCACCUUAUUUCAUUGCUACGCUGAUGACAUACAGCUCUACAUAACCCUACAGCGACCCUAUGGUAUCGGAAUCCUCACUGUCAUCGUCAUCAUCAUCAUCAUCACUGAGCUCCUGCCUUGAGGCGUGGAUGACAGAAAACUUCCUCCAGCUUAAUAGUUCCAAAACUGAAGCUAUUUUAGUUGGCAAGACCUCCUUCUAUCACCUCAGGAACAUUGCCUAAUGAGGAUACCCGUCCUUCACUCACUCCACUGGCUCGCUGUCUCAUUCAGGAUUGAAUACAAAAUCUUACUCGCCCAUCAGUGCAUCCAUGGCAAUGCCCCUCCCUACCUCAAAGAUCUACUCUCACCACAAACCUCCUCACCCAACCUCCGCUCUGGAAACAAAAGCUUCACCCUUCACCCAUCCAGGACCAGGCACCGUACCAUAGGGGAUCGAGCCUUCUGCUCAGCACCUCCUCGUCAGCGGAAUUCCCUCCCAGACCACCUGAGUGCUCCACAAAGCACACUCAUUUUUUUUCUUUUUUUUUUAUCUUGUUUUUACUCUGUAGCACUUUGCUAUUUGCUUUUAGAAAUGAAAAGUGCUUUAUAAAUAAAAUGUAUUAUUAGUAGUAGUAGUAGUAUUCUGUGAGCCCACGGCCAUUUAGACAGACGAUCUUGCGAGUUUAAGUUGAAUCCCUUUUGUGAAAAAUGCAUAAUCACCAGUGUCAAUAAAGUGCAGCUUUGUGCA